AUGCAGGUGGAACGGCGGCGAUGGGGCGGACGACGUGGAGGCGGAACGGCGGCGACGGGGCGGCCGGCGAGGAGGUGGAAUGGCGGCGACGGGCGGACGGCAAGGAGGUGGAACGGCGGCAAGGGCGAAGAUGUUCGACAAGAUGGAGGGACGACGAAGAGGGAGAAGAGAAAGAGAGAGAGGUCUCCCUGAUCCAAGAGGGCGAGAAGAAGACGAUACUCCUAAUCCAAGAGGCGAGCGAGAGAAAUUAGGAACUCCUAAUCCAACAGGCGAGCGAGGGAGAAGAAGAACCCUUAAUCCAAGAGAUGAGAGUGAUAUUAAGGCUUUCUUGAUUCCAAAUUCAACUUUUGUUUUCAAGUAUUCGUGAGGUGAAGGUUUAUAGAAAGGAGGGGAAGGUAGUUAGUGGCGCCCCCUCCCAAAGGAUACCUAGUGGUGUCUCUUGGAGGGAGGCGCCUUCCUUAGAGGAGAAGAGACCUCGUCUCUUCCCUCUUCUUCCUCCUCGUGGGUCCACCUAAGAGGAUGAUGAACCCUCAUGUUGACUCCUUCAGUCGACCUCUCCCUCUUGUUUUUCUUUUUCUUCCUCAUCCUCUCCCUCUCCCUCUUCCUAUUCUUCUUCUUCGUCAACCUCUCCCUCUCUUUAUUCUUCUUCUUCCUCAACCACUCCCUCUCCCUAUUCUUCUUCGUCCUUAACCUAGUCGAAUUCAUCCUCUUCUUCUUCCUCAGCCUCUCCCUAUUCCUCAUCUUCUUCUUCCUCAAUCUCUCCCUUUUCCUCUUAUUAUUCUUCUUCUUCUUCUUCUUCUUCUUCUUACCACCCCUCCCCCCUCAUCCUCCUCUUCCUGCCCUUUUUCUAAGGCCACUUCUUCCUCUCCCCCCGUCCUCCCUCCUCUUCCUCUUCUCCUUGACCUGUUACGGGUGGACAUUCUGAUAAUUUAGCGGCUCUUUCCAAAAGGCGCGAAUGCAAAUAAAAAACAUCUCCUGGAUAAGCUUCACGACCCGGAGGUCUUCUUAAUAGAAGAGACAUUUGGCGAUAAGCUUGUGCCUGUUUGGAGAGAUCAUCAUAAAUUAUUAAACUAUGUUGUUUGCGGUACAUAAAAUAUUCAGCCAAAGCUGCUCCUGUAUAAGGAGCAAGGUAUUGUAAUGUAGCAGGCGAAUCAGCCGUUUCCGCUACCACAAUAGUCUAUUCCAUAGCCCCGCGUUCCUGUAAAGCAGAGUCACCUAAUGGUGUAUGGUAGGAAGAUUAACGGGAGUUAA